AUGUUGGCAAGUCAAGGACUAAUCGAGGACGAGAAAGGGCUGUCCCAAGACUCUAUAGAGUAUGUUACGCCUCAGAGACCGCCACAUGCAGACAAGCUAUUUUCUGAAGCCUUGCUUGUGGUGCAACGCAAAAAGGAAAAAGAUGCAUCUCCACCGUUCACACCUUUCAAUAUUUGGGCAUGCCACCAUUUAUAUAGCGUGUUGGAGUCUCAUGAAAAAGAUAUGCUGACACUGAGUGCUGUCUAUAGCUCUACACUCGCUGCCCAGCCUGCAUAUGAGCAAUUAGUGAUAGGAGGCUUAAAUAAAACUGUUGCAACGGCGGUUUGUCAGUUGUACAUUGAUAAUGAACUGAGCAGACUCCAUAACAUGGCUUCCCGCCUAGAGAGCAUUAGCAUUCUACUGACAAAACUUUCCACAGUCAUGCGCAAUUAUGAAGGUGCACAGAAGUAUCAUCAUAAAAUGAUUGAUUCAGGGCUCAAACGAGCCGCAGAGAAGCGGGCAGCUUUGAACAAAGCAGUCGAAGAGCUUAAUGAGAUUACAGAAGAGUGUAGAUUCAGUACUGCAAACAGGCUUGUAUCGUGUUAUAACUGUGCUCUAGAUGCAUAUUUGGUCGAAUACAAGAAGUUGAUGGAUACAAUGGUGGCCGCGUCCUGUUCAUAUCAGGAGCUUCUAGUCAAGAUGUUUCAGCUUCACAAGCAAGCAGUUAAAUCCGCUAACCAAGACUUUAGAGUUCUCGGCAUGGCUACAGUUCUAUAUCCAAGCACACUCGCAAGCCUAAGGAGUCUGUAUUGUGAGCAGUUCGUUGUCUGUGGAAUUAUGCAAGUCAUUCAGAGGAUGUUUAAGUUUGAUAUCCAAUUUACCACAGAAGUUCUGCCUGAUAUCUCGCUGGUGGCUGUAUCUGUUCAAUCUGUGAUAGGCUCCCUGGGGCUUGUGCUCAGCGAGCCAAAUACUGUUCAUUAUGCCAUUCGGAUCCUGCGAACAUGUAUAAUAGGCGACGGUGUUGCUGGAACAGAAGACCUCGCUCUUAUGGGCUGUGAAGCCGCAUUUGGGCCACAAUUUGAGGAACCAGAGACCGCCUCCAUUAGCUCUCAAGAAAAGAACGUAAGCUUUUCUACCGCAGCUACUAAGCUAGAAAGCGACACUUCUAUCUAUCUCACCCCUAGUGCUCCUCUGGAUAUCGUAGAAUUACCACUAGCAUAA